AUGUCAACUAGAAAGUCAACCGAGCUUCGAAGGUGGACCCCCGAGGAAGACCGUCUGCUCAAUGAACAGGUUUCCAACUACACAGGAACCAUCAAUUGGGUGGCAAUAGCCCAAGUUCAUAGAGGCCGAAGUAACAAGGACUGUAGGAACCGAUGGACGAAGAUAAGACGCAUUUGGAACCGUGGGGCCUGGACGAGUGAUGAAGACAAACGACUGCUUGAUGCUAUCGCUACUCAUGGUCACAGCUGGACUUCUGUGUCCGAGGCUGUUGGCAAUCGAAGCCCUGACCAAUGUGCCAAGCAUUGGACAACUUCGCUGGAUCCCGAUUUAAGUCGUGAAGAAUGGACCGAUCGAGACGGAAGCAUUUUCCGAACAGAUCGACUCUUGAAAUUGCCAACAGAUAUGACUUUCCGCAAAACUUCUUAUCUUCUUUCUGGCCUUGCAGCAGCUGGUACACAUGCUCUUUCUGGGCCGUGUGAUAUCUAUGCUGACGGGGGAACUCCUUGUGUUGCGGCCUUCGGAACCACGAGAGCAUUAUACGGGUCGUACAGUGGCCCGCUCUAUCAACUCCAGCGUGGUUCUGAUGGCCAAACCACCGAUAUUGUCCCAACAAGUCCUGGUGGCGUGGCAGAUGUGUCGGUGCAGGACACGUUCUGUGCCAACACCACCUGUGCCAUUCCCAUCAUUUAUGAUCAGUCUGGCAAGGGGAACCAUCUUACCAGGGCACCCCCUGGCGGUGGUUCUAAGGGCCCUGCGCCUGGACAGUACGAUGAUCUCGCGGCAGCUUAUGGCGCUCCGGUGCUGGUAAACGGACAAAAAGCAUAUGGUAUCUUUGUGCAUUCUACAGUCGGUUACAGAAAUGAUGAAACCACUGGCGUUGCUGUCAAGAACGAGGCUGAGGGCUUGUAUGCCAUCUUUGAUGGGACUCAUUAUAAUGAUAAGUGCUGCUUCGAUUUUGGCAACGCUGAAACUACGAAUCACGCCGAUGACAAUGGAUCCAUGGAGGCCAUCUAUUUUGGUGUUAACACCGAAUGGGGUUCUGGUGCUGGCUCUGGGCCGUGGGUUAUGGCCGAUAUGGAAAAUGGCCUGUUCUCAGGCCAAGGUGCUGGCUAUAACCCAGGAGACCCGACGAUCGAGUCGCGAUUUGUGACUGCGUUUCUCAAAGGUAACUCGACAAACUUGUGGGCUCUUCGCGGCGGCAAUUCCACGACAAAAUCUCUAUCUACCUUCUACAGCGGGCCUCGCCCCAAUGGUUACUAUCCCAUGGACAAACAGGGCGCGAUCGUUCUUGGUAUCGGCGGAGAUAACGGUAACUUGGACCAGGGAACUUGGUACGAAGGGGUUCUUACUUCAGGCUAUCCAUCCGAUAAGACCGAGGAUAAAGUUCAGGCCAAUAUUGAGCAAGCUGGAUUUACUGCAACGUCUCUGGCAAAUGGCCCACCACUCAACAUAGGGUCAACUAUCACGAUCAAGGCCACGACUCCUGGUUUCGCAAACCGAUACUUGGCCCAUGGUGGUUCCACUGUUGAUACGCAAGUUAUUACCUCCUCUAGCGAUACAUCUGUGAAGCAAAAGGGCAGCUGGAUUGUUCGACAAGGUCUCGUCACCUCCGCCCUGGGCUGUGUAUCUCUUGAGUCCGUCGACACUCCAGGUUCUUUCAUUCGCCAUAGUGGCUUCAAACUCUACAUCGAUGCGAACGAUGGAAGUAAGCAAUUUUCGGAGGAUGCCACUUGGUGCCCGCAGCAGAGUUUUGAUAGCACAGGUUCCAACGCUUUGCGAUCAUGGAGCUACCCUACUCGGUACUUCCGACACUAUGAUAACACUGGCUAUGCAGCGAUGGAUGGUGGAUGGGAGGUUUUUGAUGCUAGUACCGACUUUACUGAGGAUGCUAGCUGGGUUAUCAACAGAUUGGAUUCCUUCGAAAUAUCGAAAAUUGUCAAGCCGGCCCUCGGGUCCAAGUGUGACCUUGUCUUCGCCUUUACGGGACAGGGGGCUCAAUGGGCUGGAUUGGGUCUGGAGCUUCUCAGAAGCGAUGGAACUUUCAAGGAUACAGUGGACUACCUUGACACUGAGCUAUCACGGCUAUCGAAUGGCCCAAACUGGAACAUGCGAGACGCUGUUGUAGGUCAUUCGUCUGGUGAAAUCGCUGCCGCAUACGCUUGGGGUGCCAUUUCGGCCCAAGAUGCAAUCCGUGUCACCUACUGUCGAGGAAACUCCACCAUUGCGCUGAAGUCUCUUCGCAAAGGUGGUAUGGCAGCCAUAGCUAAUGUCACAUCGACGGGCGAUGCCAAUGUUCUGGAAUUGGUCGUGGGAACCAUUCAGAGCGAGAUGAAGUCGAAUGCCGGAUACAUUCCAACGCUUGUACGCAGAAAAGACGCCCACUUGUCAAUCCUUAGCACUGCGGGCAAUCUCUGGCUGGCCGGCACCCCUGAUAUUGACUUGAGCGCCGUGAACCUUCAUGGCAGGCCUGAAGGCGGGGAGUUGUUGACCGACCUCCCCACAUACUCAUGGCACUAUGACGGCGAGUAUUGGUCGGAAAAUCGCCUAUCCCGAGACCGGCGCUUCCGCAAAUUCGACCACCAUGAAUUGCUUGGUGCCCGGGUGCUCGAGAGUGCAGACGCUAGACCCGCAUGGCGCUACAAGUUGCGAGUCCAAGAUGCCUCGUGGCUCAGGAUUACUCUCUUCACCAUCUCGUCUUUCACUGCCACUACUAACACAUGGACCAAGCACGUCUCGGGCCAAGUCAGGUCUGGGCAAACAUUUGUUCCCGACACCCCAAACAUCGAGCCCCUCCCUUGCAAAGUUCCCGCUUCAGUCAUGUACAACGUUUGGCGUCGAUUUGGUAUGAACUAUGGCGGGCGAUUUCGCGGCUUGGACGACAUCAGCACGCACACAACCGAGAAGAGGGCAGUGGGCACCAUUCACCAGAAAUGUCUCCCUGGAGAGAGCGGGCUGUAUUCAGUUCAUCCAGCUAGUAUCGACACUGCCUUCCACCUUUCCAGUGUCUGCCUAUACCAUAGGCUUAGCAGGAACUUCAGGGCGCAUUCGGUGCCCAAGUAUAUUAAAGAAAUGUACGUUAGAAGACCCGAUGGACCAAUACGGGUGGUUGGGGAUGCCGUUAAUAAGGGCCGUGGUAGAUCAAUAAGCAACUUGAUGGGCGUUUCUAAUGGUCAAGUUGUUCUUAGCUGGAAAGGUCUCGAACUUUCACCGCUAAGUGACGGCUCCGAUUUUGUCGACGACGAUCCACACGCCGCAGCUGUACUUGAAUGGAAGACCGAUGCAGAAUUUAUUGAUGCUACACGACUCUUUCGAUCAUUGAAGAAGGAUCCCGAUGAUGAGCAACAUAGACUGGUCGAUACUAUGGGUCUUGCAUGCAUCAUCGAGUCCAGGCACCAGCUCGCGCGACUCGAAAGAACCCAAUGGCAUCUUGUCAAGUUUCGCGACUGGAUGGACAUCCCCUACACAGAAGCGGUCGAGGAGCGUUACCCCCACGUCUCCAACUGCGCCGAAAUCGCGACCAUGAGCUCUCAGGAGAGACAACAGCUCAUUCGGGACUACCUCGCAGCCUCUAAGGGCACUGAAGCUGAAGCUGUGGCUAUUUCCCUAUAUCGCAUCUUUGACAAUAGCGUGCGCUUUUUCACUGGCGAAGCCGACCCGCUCGAGGUGCUCAUGGCCGACAACAUCUUGAUGCGCAUGUAUGACUUCACCAAUAACGCUGAUCAUCUUCACUUCCUCACUCUACUCGGCCACAAGAAGCCCACCAUGCGAGUUUUGGAGAUUGGCGCUGGGAAAGGCGGCACCACCGCUACAAUUCUUCCCGCCCUGAGAUCCGACCAAGGAGAGCGCAUGUAUGGCAGCUAUGUGUACAGUGACAUAUCAGCUUGGUUCUUUAUGGGGGCCAAGGAGCGCUUUUGUGACUACCAUGCCAUCGAGUACUCGGUGCUUAAUAUUACCCAAGACCCGAUCAGCCAAGGAUUCGAGGAGGGUUCAUUGGACCUUGUUGUGUCCUCCAACUGCCUGCACGCCACGCCUGAUCUCGCCAAAACUUUGUCCAAUGUACGGAAGCUUCUUCAUCCCGAAGGUCGGCUCUUCCUCAUGGAGCUCAGCCCCGAGUCAUCCAAAUCGGUCAAUUAUGUCAUGGGGCCGCUGGUCGGUUGGUGGCUCAGCGAGGACGGUCGGGAGAACGAGCCAUACGUCAGUGUUGGAAUAUGGCACGAGAAGCUUUUGCAGGCAGGCUUCUCCGGUGUUGAGGCAUAUGCUUUCGAUGGCAACAUGAGCAACAGCAUCAUCGCCAGACCCGUUCAGCCUCGCUGUGAACAACUGAAAAGAGUGAGCAUCAUCACCAACGAAUUAGACCAUCCUGCAGUUGCAGAAGUCAUCAAAUACCUGCAAGGGAAAGGCCUGGGCUUGGACCUUUUCUCCCUCGGUCAAGUGCUCACCCCAGGGCAGCCUGCAGUUUUCCUGAUGGAUUUGGAAGCGGCAUUUCUCGCCAAUAUCACCGAAGAGCAGUUCAAAUCCUUCAAACGAACUCUUUUCUCGGUUCAGGACGUCCCCUUUUGCUGGACGUUCCCAUCGCGAGUGACAGACGGCGAGGUUGAUACUGACUUUGAGUCGGAGUACGCUUUCCAUGCCGGCACGAUCCAGGUCGGUCGCAUGCACUGGAUCAAUAUCAACAGCGAACUUCAAGACAAAAGGCCUGAAGUCCGAAUGGAGAGUCUGGUCAUCGGCAAGCCUGGAAUCAUCCAAACCCUUCACUGGAAACAGAAGACUUCUCCGGUCUUGAAGGCGGAGGACUGGGUACAGGUGGACACUCGAGCAGUCGGGCUUAACUUCAAGGACGUCUUGAUUGCUAUGGGUAUUGUCGAGGCCACCAAAGACGGUUUGGCUGCCGGCGACUUUGGUUUCGAGGGCGCUGGCGUUGUCACUCGCAUUGGAUCCGAUGUCCAGCACCUUGGUGUUGGAGAUCGUGUGGCUUUCAGUUCCACGGGCUGCUUCUCAACAUCACAGGCCAUGCCUGAGAUCUAUUGCACCAAGAUUCACGAUUCUCUGACUUUCGAAGAGGCGGCGACUAUGCCAUGCGUUUUUGGCACCGCCAUGUAUGGAUUGGUGGACCUGGCGAGGUUGGAGGCAGAACAGUCUGUCUUGAUUCAUUCGGCCUGUGGUGGAGUUGGACAAGCCGCCAUUCAGAUAGCCAAGAUGAUCGGAGCAGAGAUCUUCUGUACUGUGGGUAGUGAGGAGAAGAUCGGGUAUCUGAUAAGUGUUUUCAGUAUUCCCAGAGACCACAUCUUUAACUCCAGAGACAUUUCUUUCCGGCAGGGGAUCCUGAAAGCAACUUACGGCCGAGGUGUCGAUGUGGUUCUCAACUCGCUCUCGGGUGAGCUGCUUCACGAGUCGUGGAAUUGCGUUGCCAAGUUUGGCACAAUGGUCGAAAUCGGAAAGAGGGACUUCAUCGGCAAGGCCGAGUUGGCGAUGGACCGCUUCGAGAAUAACCGAACAUUCGUGGGCCUUGACCACACGGAACUUUGGGCGCACAAACCUAAGGUUGCAAGUAGAGUCCUGAACAAGAUCAUUGAGCUCCACGGGCAAGGAAAACUUGGGCCCAUCGGACCGAUUAAGACAUUUGAGGCCGCAAGAGUUGAAGAGGCGUUCCGGUACAUGCAAAAGGGCCAGCAUAUAGGCAAGAUCGUCGUCACGGUCCCGGAGAGCCCAGCAACCCAUGCGCCCGAGGCAGAACCGGCCCGCCGAGAGUUGGAUCUUCGAGAUGACCAGACUUACGUGUUUGCAGGUGGACUCGGUGGACUGGGCCAGUCAAUUGCUACGUAUCUGGCAGAAAAGGGAGCGCGCCAUCUCCUAUUUUUCUCCAGGUCGGCCACCCAGUUUGCUGAAUCCAACCCGGCCUUCUUUGAAGAGCUGGGGAGUUUGGGUUGCUCGACCAAAGUCGUUAGUGGGAACAUUAACAACCGGGCGGACGUUGAGAAGGCCGUGGCCUCGGCCACUUACCCCAUCGCCGGAUUCUUACAGGCUGCCAUGGUUUUACAGACAGCAGUCCUUCCCAAGGUGCUGGGCACGCGGAACUUUGAGGAGGCGUUGGAGACGCAAGAGGAGCCGCUUGACUUUUUUUUCCUCUUCAGUUCCGUGUCAGGAACAGCGGGACAAAUUGGGCAAGCCAAUUACGCAGCAGGCAACACAUUCAUGGAUGCCUACGCCCAGUAUCGACAUGGUCAAGGCCUGGCUUGCUCAACUCUGGCGAUUGGUAUCAUGGAAGACGUUGGUUUCCUUGCCAGAGAGAGACACCUUCUUGAGGCGUUGCGCGCCACAUCUCUUCACUUCCUGCAUGAGCAGGACCUCCUCGACUCUCUGGAGUUUGUGUUGGGUCCACGAGCCUGUCUUGCAAAUGACACCUCUGACAGGAGCACAAGUGUCGAAGAGAAGACUGACGAAUACGCCAGGCUCACCAGGGGUUACAUCAACAACAGCCACGUCGUCGUUGGCUUGCGCUCAAAGCUACCCCCUCCUCUCGCCCAUGAACCGCACGGGCUGGAAGAAGAGCCCGCCCUAAAAGAGUUCCUGUCGUCGUGUGGGAAGACGCCGGAGUUGCUCGACGCCGAUGCCAUAGCUGACUUCCUGGCCCAUGAGAUUGGGACCACUCUGUUUAACUUCAUGAUGCGAAGCGACGAGGAGCCUGACCUAACGGUGCCACUGGCGAGCGCCGGUGUCGAUUCGCUUGUUAGUAUCGAGCUGAGGAACUGGUUCAGACAAAAGGUGGGAGUGCCCUUUACAGUUGUGGAGAUUGUGGGGGCUGCUAGCAUUGCUGACUUAGGGAGGAUGACGGCCGAGAAGCUGGCUGAGAAGUAUAAGUAA